GACCAAUUUCUGGCGGGAAAUUUUAGCACAACUAACGUGGCGCGUACACCUUUGUUGCGGGAAUAUUUCUAAGGAAAUUUAAUUUUCCCCUAAGUUUUAUCAUUAAUAAUGACUACAGACGUUGAUCAACGCAUUCGUGAUCUCCAGCGGGAGUAUUUAGACUUCCUGGAUGAUGAUGAUGACCAAGGUUUUUAUCAGAAUAAAGUACGUGAUAUGAUCAAUAACAAUGAGGUUCGCCUUGUUGUGAAUAUAAAUGAUGUACGUCGAAAAGUUCCAAAAAGAGCUCAAAGUUUAUUGAAUGAAUCCUUUGAAGAAGUGAUAGCUUUCCAAAGAGCUUUGAAAGAACUUGUGGCCUCUACUGAUCCAGUUUACAGUAAGCAGUAUGAAGAUUUCUUCAUUGGUUUUGAAGGAAGUUUUGGUAGUAAACAUGUGACUCCUCGCAGUUUAACCUCCCAUUAUCUCGGAAAUAUGGUUUGCGUAGAAGGCAUUGUAACAAAAUGUUCGUUAGUGAGGCCAAAAGUUGUACGAAGCGUGCAUUAUUGUCCUGCAACAAAGAAGGUUAUAGAACGACGAUACACUGACUUGACUUCAUUAGAAGCUUUCCCAACAAGUGCAGUUUACCCAACUAAAGAUGAAGAUGGAAAUUUACUGGAGACUGAAUAUGGCCUUUCUGCAUACAAAGACCACCAAACAUUUUCAAUUCAGGAAAUGCCUGAAAAGGCUCCAGCAGGCCAACUUCCUCGAUCUAUUGAUGUUAUUGCUGAUGAUGAUUUGGUUGAUUUAUGCAAGCCAGGAGACAGAGUACAAGUCAUUGGAACUUACAGAUGUCUUCCUGGAAAAAAGAAUGGAUAUACAUCUGGGACAUUCAGGACUAUUCUGAUUGCCAACAAUGUCCAGCUCCUAAGUAAAGAAAUAUCGCCUGUCUUUUCUGCUGAUGAUGUUGCUAAGAUUAAAAAGUUUAGCAGACAGAAAAAUGUGGAUGUUUUUGAGUUGCUCAGCAAAAGUAUGGCACCUUCUAUACAUGGUCAUGAAUAUAUUAAAAAAGCUGUCUUAUGCAUGUUACUUGGAGGAAAUGAAAAAGUUCUUCACAAUGGAACGCGGUUAAGAGGAGAUAUUAAUAUUUUACUUAUUGGUGAUCCAUCAGUUGCAAAGUCUCAAAUAUUAAGGUAUGUUUUACAUAGUGCUCCAAGGGCUAUUCCAACAACUGGUCGAGGGUCAUCUGGUGUUGGUUUGACUGCUGCUGUUACAACCGAUGCUGAAACUGGUGACCGCAGACUUGAGGCCGGAGCUAUGGUAUUAGCUGACAGGGGUGUUGUAUGCAUUGAUGAAUUUGAUAAAAUGUCUGACAUUGAUAGAACAGCCAUUCAUGAAGUUAUGGAACAAGGAAGAGUCACCAUUUCCAAAGCAGGAAUCCAUGCUAAGCUUAAUGCUCGUUGCAGUGUUCUGGCUGCUGCAAAUCCAGUGUAUGGCCGAUAUGAUCAAUAUAAAACCCCAAUGGAGAAUAUUGGUUUGCAGGACUCCUUGCUGUCCCGUUUUGAUUUGCUGUUUAUUGUCCUUGACAAGAUGGAUCCUGAAAAUGAUCGAAUGAUUUCUGAGCAUGUUCUUCGAAUGCAUAGAUAUCGAUCUCCAGGCGAACAGGAUGGAGAUGCUCUUCCUAUGGGAAGUUCCGUGGAUCUUUUGGCUACCAAGGAUCCUGAGGCAGAAGAGAAAGAUGCAGAGACACCAAUUUACCAGAAAUUCGACAAUAUCCUUUAUGCCAAUAAAAAAUCCAAACAUGAUCGUAUAGUAACUGCAGAGUUUAUGAGAAAGUAUAUCCAUGUGGCAAAAGCUUUGAAACCAGUUCUCACCUCUGAAGCUACAGAAUUUAUCUCUGAUGAAUAUGCAAAACUGAGAAGUCAAGAUAGUUUGCAUGGUGAUUCAAGUUUAGCUCGGACCCAGCCUGUGACUGCUCGUUCUCUGGAAACAAUGAUUCGGUUGUCCACAGCCCAUGCAAAAGCCCGUCUUUCUAAAACUGUGGACCUUGAAGAUGCUGAGGCAGCUUUGCAACUUAUUGAAUUUGCUUAUUUCAAAAAAGUUCUACCUAGAGAGAAGAGACAAAAACCACAUGCAGAUGAAUCUGAAGAUGAAAGCCAGGAUGAAGAUACAGAAAAAACAAAGUCUUCUAAAAGAAAAACAGGUGACCAUCAACGUAAACCUCAAAGAAAAGAAGGAGAUGAAGGCUAUGAUCCAUAUGACUUUGAACGGGGUGAUUCAACACAGGCAGUUGCUGCUACAGAUAGAGAGGCAACAUCUGAAGAAACUCCUAGUAAGAAACGUCGUACUCAAGAAAGUGAUAAAGCUACAACUGUCAUUGACGAGAACAGAUUGAAAGUUUUCAAGUCAGCUCUGUUCCAGUUGUUCAAGAAUGAAAGAGCUCAGUCUCUAGAAUUGGAGAAAGUAAGGAAGUAUGUCAAUGAAGAGAACCCAGAUAGUAAAUUUGAGGAUAAUGAAUUAAUGGCAGCUAUCAAUAAAAUGAUGGAUGACAAUCAGAUCAUGUUAGCAGACACAGUCAUCUUUUUGAUUUAAAUGUAACCAUGGCGACUAAACCACUAUUAAGUGGUUUAUCUGAACAGUAAUUUUGGAAAGAUUGAGAUGUAAAUGUUGUUGAUAUGUCAUAUACACAUACAUGCAUAAACAUAUACUCAAAUUAGAAAUUUUGAAACGAACUCUGGGAUUUGGAUACAAUUUCUUUAAAUUUCAUCAAGAUGCAUUUCUCAUUAAGUUGGUGUCUUCUGCUCUCUUUAUCCAUUGGUUCCAGGAGAAAUGCACAACCAUUCAUCCUUAUUUACUUGUUUAUAUCCUUACACAUGGAAUAUUAAAUAAUUGCUCUAAAUUAUUUUAGGUAUGUAUGUACCUGUGAGAGAAAAAAAAGUGACUGAGUGAUAAUGUAAUGCAUAGUUGUUUGGGAGUCUUGUAGGUUUUAAAAGAAAUGCAGAUGAGAAGUGGAAAAUUCAAACAUGCAGACAUUUUAAGCAACUGUUGAGCAUGCCUGGCAUAAAUAAAUUCAUCACUGAUCUGUAAUUAAGAUUUAAAUAUUCAUUUUCUUUUUGUACAAAAUUUCUGCAAAAUGCAAAUAAGAUCAUUUUUGCCAAGUGUUUGAUUAAACUAAGGAAUUUUUAUAUGAAUUCUUUUAAUUUCAGUUGAAGACUGCAAAAGCACUUUAUUUUUUAACUUACAACUCUAGAUUCUUGAUAAACAGAUAACUAAUGUGCUUAUGUUUAGCAGUAUUUCGCCUGUCUUUACAUUCUGAGUUCAAAUUUCACUGAGGUUGACUUUUUCUUCCAUCCUUUUGGGAUCAACAAAAUAAGUACCAGUUGGAACACUGGGGUUGAUUUUUCCCCCGAAAUCGCUGGCCUUGUGCCAAAAUUUGAAAUCAAUAUUAUUAACAAAUGUAAUAUCUAAAUAAUAAUUCCCUUUACUUUCCCUUACUGUAAAAAAAAAAAAAAAAAGUUAAUAUGUUUGUCACAAAUCUUAAAGUUUAAACCUUUAUGAUUAAAUGGAAUUCCUAAUUCUAAAUUUGAAGGUUAACAGGGUUGAUGAAUGGAAUGUAUUCAUUCUUUUGUAUAUAUAAUUGUUUAAAAUAAAAAUUUUUAAAUACA